AUGUUGCCGAUUUUCGAACAAUCGCUCAAUCUUAUUAAAAAUCAGACAUCAAUUGUUGAGGCUACAGUUAAUUUACUAAAGAAAACAAAUACAGAAAGAGCACAACAGUUAAACAUAAUCAAAGAUGAAAUGGAAGAAAUAAACAGAACGCUAAAAUAUUUAUUACCCAAGGAAAAAGAUGAAAAUCUGCAAAAGAUGUUUUUAAUGUUGGCGCAAUAUGUUUCAUUACUUAAUAACGAGUUAGAAAAAAAACACAUUACGAUUUUGGACAUAAUCCAUGAUAUUCAUCAUGGAUCACCAAAUCAAGUAACAGCAUAUUUAGAAGAUUUGGUUCAAACCAUUCCUGAAGGAUUACAAGCACCAUCUCUAACACAGUUAUAUAAAUUGACAACAAUAAAGUCCAAAAUUACAAAAACAUCAGUUAUAUUCGUGUUAUACAUCCCAUUAAUAAAAUCAUCAGAAUUUGAAGUAUACAAAAUUAUUCCUUUUCCUCAGCUAUUUAACGGCACAUUUUUUAGUAUUGAAACAAGUAAUGAACUUGUUUGGACUAAUUUGCAUAAAAAUACAGUAUAUACAUUAUCAGAUAUAGAAUGGAGGGACUCUAUUUCUGUCAGUUCUUAUCAAACAAUAGCAGAUAAAUGCAACAUAAAACUAACAAAAAGUAAUAAAUAUUGGGUUCAACUAACAAGAAAGAAUUCAUGGCUUUAUUCAUUAGAUAAGGAGUAUCUUAUUAAUAUUGUGUGCGAUGAUCUCGCUUAUCAACAAAGGCUUAAAGGGUUGUUGAAUUUUCAUGAAAAUUGUCUAUUAAAGGAUGACGAAGUAGUCAUACAAACUUUUCAUAUAGAAUCUUCAUUAUUUAGCAGUAUGCAUAUUAAUAGUUUAAAUUUAACAGAUUCAUUUUCUGCCAAAUAUGGCAAAAUUAAGCAGCCAUUACAAGCCUUGAAGAAGCAAGAAAGCAGUUUUGAAGCAAUGUCAUAUCAUGACAAACAUCAGUACUCAGUGUUCUGA